UUCUGCGCAUGAAACCUGGAGUUUGAAUCCCGUAUCUUGAAUUAUUAAAGACUCUGCAGAUCUGAGAAAGGGUUUUCUCUUGAUGACUUCGGCAGCUGUUAUCAAACUGAAGGAAAAGCACUGGGCGAAUGUGGGUCAAAGAGCAGACUUUGUCGCUUUCUUUUGACUGUGAUAUAAGAUUGGCAGAACUGAAGAUCCUUCUGUAAGUGCAACCGUUUUCCAAGGCUCAAGAGGCACAAAAUCUUAAGCUUGGCUGUGUGACAACUUUGGACAACAUGUUUGCUGAUUUGGGACAACGGGACGGCUUCUGGUUCAGAAAUGCGCAUUGCCAAUCCUUCCUCUCCACAAACAUCAUUAUGAUAGUGGAAAAAUGUAUGAGUUCCAUGCAAGUGGGUACUCAGAUGAUCAAACUCAGAGGCAGUUCCAAAGGUCUUGUUCGUUUCUACUACCUGGAUGAACAUAAGUCGUGCAUUCGCUGGAGACCCUCGCGAAAAAACGAAAAAGCUAAAAUCUCUAUAGAUUCUAUCCAGGAGGUGUGCGAAGGGAAGCAGUCGGAGAUCUUCCAGCGCUACGGCGACGGGAGCUUCGACCCCAAUUGCUGCUUCACCAUCUACUAUGGAGACCACAUGGAGUCCCUCGACCUGGUGUCAUCCAGUGGGGAGGAGGCACGGAUGUGGAUCACUGGCCUCAAGUAUCUCAUGGCUGGGAUAAGCGAUGAAGACAGUCUGUCAAAACGGCAGAGGACUAGAGACCAGUGGUUGAAGCAAACCUUUGAUGAGGCGGAUAAAAACGGAGAUGGCAGCCUGAGCAUUAAUGAGGUCCUCCAGCUGAUGCACAAGCUGAACGUCAACCUCCCCCGUCAGAAAGUCAAGCAGAUGUUUAAGGAGGCUGAUACCGAUGAUAACCAGGGCACCCUGGACUUUGAGGAGUUCUGCGCUUUCUACAAGAUGAUGUCCACCCGGCGGGACUUGUACCUUCUCAUGCUCACCUACAGCAACCACAAGGACUUCCUCGAUGCUGAUGACCUGAAACGCUUUCUGGACACUGAACAAAAGAUGAAUAAUGUCACCAAGGAGCACUGCUUGGAAAUUAUCAAUCAGUUUGAACCAUGUCCAGAAAACAAACAGCAAGGGGCUCUGGGGAUUGAUGGGUUCACCACCUACAUGCGCAGCCCCGCCGGGGAUGUUUUCAACCCCGAACACUACCAUGUCAGCCAAGACAUGACUCGCCCGCUGAGUCACUAUUUCAUCACCUCGUCUCAUAACACCUACCUCAUGGGAGACCAGCUGAUGUCCCAGUCCAGAGUGGACAUGUAUGCUUGGGUUCUGCAGUCUGGAUGCCGAUGCGUGGAAGUCGACUGCUGGGACGGCCCAGAUGGUGAGCCUAUUGUCCACCACGGCUACACCUUGACCUCCAAGAUCCUUUUUAAAGAUGUGAUUGAGACCAUCAACAAGUAUGCCUUCAUCAAGAGCGAAUACCCAGUCAUUUUGUCCAUUGAAAACCACUGCAAUGUUAUCCAGCAGAAAAAGAUGGCUCAGUAUCUGAUUGAAAUCUUGGGGGACAAACUGGACUUGUCUUCAGUCAACAAUGAGGAUCCCACGAAGCUGCCUUCUCCGGAGAGCCUCAAAGGGAAAAUCUUGGUUAAGGGGAAAAAGCUUCCAGCCAACAUUAGUGACGAUGCCGAAGAGGGCGAAGUAUCGGAUGAGGACAGUGCCGAUGAGAUGGAUGAUGACUGUAAGCUAAUGAAUGGGGAUGCGUCUUCUAAUUGGAAGCGGGUGGAAAACCUUGCCAAGAAGAAACUGGACUCUCUGAUCAAAGAAUCUAAAAUUCGGGACUGCGAAGACCCAAAUAAUUUUGCCGUCACCACCGUGUCAUCCUCGGGGAAAUUGGGGAACAAGCAUGAUGUCAAGAAGAACAAGCAUGAAGAGAAUGUGGAAUCUGGGGAAGAUGGUAUCCUCAGCAAACGUCACAACCGAUCUCUGAUGGGAAGCUUGACCAAACGCAAGAAAAAAUCCAGUAAACUCAAAAGGACAUCAAGUUUAGAAGAUGGGGAGGAUGAUCUUGAAUGCCAAGGAAACUUAACUAGAACUUCUGUCCAUUAUAGCAAAACAAAUCGGCAAAAGAAAACGAUGAAACUCUCCCGGGCGCUCUCGGACCUGGUGAAAUACACCAGAUCUGUUGGAAUCCACGACGUGGAGUCUGAAAUCUCUUCCAGCUGGCAAGUGUCUUCCUUCAGCGAAACGAAAGCUCACCAAAUUCUCCAGCAAAAACCAGCCCAGUAUCUCCGCUUCAACCAGCACCAGCUUUCCCGCAUCUACCCCUCUUCCUACCGCGUGGAUUCCAGUAAUUACAACCCCCAGCCCUUCUGGAAUGCCGGCUGCCAGUUGGUGGCCCUGAACUACCAGUCCGAAGGGAGAAUGCUGCAGCUGAACCGGGCCAAGUUCAGCACCAACGGGAAUUGUGGCUACGUUCUCAAACCCAAGUGUAUGUGUCAAGGGGUCUUCAACCCAAAUUCCGAAGAUCCACUGGUUGGCCAGAUGAAAAAGCAACUCAUCCUAAGAAUCAUCAGCGGACAGCAGCUUCCCAAACCACGGGAUUCCAUGCUUGGAGACCGAGGCGAGAUCAUAGAUCCAUUUGUGGAAGUCGAGGUGAUUGGAUUGCCUGUGGAUUGCUGCAAAGAGCAGACAAGAGUUGUGGAUGACAAUGGGUUCAAUCCGAUGUGGGAAGAAACCCUGGUUUUCAACAUCUGCAUGCCGGAGAUUGCCCUGGUGCGUUUCCUGGUCUGGGACCAUGAUCCCAUUGGGAGGGAUUUCAUUGGUCAGAGGACGAUUGCAUUUACAAGCAUGUUGCCAGGCUAUCGGCAUGUCUACCUAGAAGGCAUGGAGGAGGCUUCCAUCUUCGUUCACGUAGCCGUCAAUGACAUAUGUGGUAAGGUCAAACAAGCGCUGGGCUUAAAAAGUCUGUUUCUCAGAAAUCCAAAGCAAGCCUCUCUCGACAGCCCUGUUGCUGGUCAGCUCAACCGCAAACAUUCCUUUAGCAGUCACAUUUUACGGCGGACCGCCAGCGCGCCAACCAAGAGCUUGAAAAAGCCCAAGAUUGCAAUCGACGCCCGAGACAGUGGCUCUGAAGGGGCCGGCAAAGACCCCGCCCUCGAAGAGUCCUCCCAUCCUCGUUUUGACCAAGAGUCCGAAUGCCCGUCCCCCACGCCAUCUGCUCCUAGAGAGGGUGUCAGCCGGGAAGCGGACAGCCAGGGAUCCAAAGAUGUCCGCCAAUUCUCAAUGCGUAGGUCGGUCCCUUCCUUAUGCAGUCUGCAGACCAUCAAUGAGGAGCCCUUUCUUGCUAAUGAGAAUCAACCUUCCAGUUUCUGCUUUCCUCUGUCCCCCAACCUUGUCAAUGAUCCCAAAGAAGAAUCUGUGCCUGAUCAUUCCCAGGAAGCUGUUUCAGAUGGAAGGGACCAGCCUAGUCAGCUUGAGAGGCCUCCUCUUUUGCAGCAUGCAGUUUUGGAGAAGAUGCCCCUUGAUCCUGGUGUCUUGGAAGAGGAAGAAGUGAUGGAAAACAGCAGAGAAGGAGGGGGCUGGAAAAGAGCUCCUGGCAAUGGAGGUUCUCUCCAUUCACAAGUUCAGCACAACCUAGCAUUAGGCAACUGUUGGCUCCAUUCCUGUGGAAGUGGCCAGAAGCAGGCAGGUGGGAUGGUUCAACAGCUGACAAGUGCUGAGAAGAGCGGAGCUGGGCAGCCACACCAAAGGGAAAGGGAAAACAGCACCACGCCAACUCCACUCCACAUAGCUCCCAAAGUAACUGGAGCUCUCACGGUCCCCACGCCUCAGAUGGCAGUGAGGAGAUCAAAGGAUGAAGGAUAUAAACGGCGCGACUACAUAGUCUCGAUGAAGCAUCCCAAUACCUUUUCUCCUGCGCCUGAAGUGUACUGGGAUGCCACGGUCAAUGACCGGAUCUGGAGCAAGCUUGAUUUCACCACUCAUAGGGACAGCAUGUCCUCCUCUUCGAGCAUGUCCUCCAACGAUACCGUUAUAGACCUCUCCUUGCCCAACCUUGCCCGGAAAAGCCUCCCCGACCUUGGUGCUCAGCCCAAGACCUUUGAGGCCAUCCCCGAGAGGAGAGUUGUGAGGCCGUGGUCUGCGAAUGCUGCAUCGGGGCGUGAAAUCCCCACAGUGACCAAGAGCAAGUCCAACCCCAACUUGAGGUUGGAUCAACCCAUGGAAGAUGACCUGCACCCUCGGCCGCUUGCCAGGGGCCUUGAGCUAGGAUCAUCGCCUGCAUCAAGAAGAAACACCUGGAACCGGUUGUACAUGGAGAGCCUCAAGCGGUCCUGCCUGAAGUUGGAAGAGCAGGAGAACCCCGAGUCCAAUCCCACUAAGUCCAAAAGCCUUGGCGAUCUUACCUCAGAUGACAUCGCCUGCAAUUUGGAGAGCAGGUACCGGAGCAUCAGCCGGAGCUUUGCCACCCGUUCCGUGAGGGAGCAGCGCCACCGUGGGGCCCUCAGGUCUUCGGGGAGACCUCCAGACGAGCUGACGGAGCGCCUGAAGAAGCUGACCUCCUUCCAGCAGGAGAACGACAUCACGUCCCCCACCCGUCUCGAGCCCGUCGAGUCUGAGGAGCAAGAGGAAGGGACGGUCCUGCUCCGAAGGUCCUCUUCUCGGAGCCAGAGCAGAGUCAGGUACAUCGCCAACCGGGCCAAGCAAGCUCAAGAACGGCAGAAGCUAAAGAGUUUGGCCUUGAGCAUUGAGGAGCGGGGCAUCCCCGAAGGAGCCUGCUGCUUUCCAGGGGGGGCUUAUACAGACCCGACUUCCCCUGGCCUGUUUACAUCCCAACUCAAGAACCAGAACCAGACUGACUUGAACCCUGACCCCGAAGCCGUCUUUAUGUUCAUACUCUGACUCUGGGAAGGGCUGAACAAGAAUCGAUGUUUACAUUUCUGUCGGAGCAAAACCAACACCCCCUCCCGCAUUUUUCUUUAAGAAAAUGCAUAGUGCGGCGAGCCCUCGUUCAAUGAGGGAGGGCGCGUCCUUCUCCUCCACCUCCUCCAAUGGACAAUUUUAUGUUUGUGAAAAAUGAUAAUGAUAAUGAUAAUAAUAAUGCAGUCUGUAGCAUGCAUUAUGGGGAGUGGGCAACUGAAUUUUCCCAGGGUGGGAACAGAUCCUGAGAAGAUUUCUCCCCCUCUGUGUUCCCUGGAAAGCAUGUCCAAGGAUCUGCACGAUUGUCCCCUUCCUUCUUUUUCAUUGCCUGCUUUCCUCAGUCCCAGGAAAAGGAACGCAUAAGAAUUUGUCUCGGCCAUCAGUUGUGGCCUUAGUUUUAUUCAGUUCCAGGAGGCAAAGCCGAAAGGAGCGCAGCUUGCGUGACGGAGGCAGGUGCUGCAUUCACAGGAGCUGAUAGCUGCAUGAUUCCAAAACUAUCCAUAAAUUUCUA